AUGACUCGCGCACGAAAGGCAUCUUCCGCAGAGCAGCUUCAAUUUGCUCCCGGGUACCUCCUCGUUCAUGUAGUUCCCGCAAUGUUUGUGCGCUUUUGUCAAGAUUGUGAGAAGCUUGACGUCCGCAGCCGUGAACAUCUUACACCAGCUCCCGGCACCCUCGAGCUCACCAACUCCCACCUGCAAUGGACGCAGGACGGAAAGAAGGCGCCCUCAGUCAGGGUCGUCCAUGCUGAGGCUGCGUCCCUGUUUUCCAGCAAGGAAGGCGCGCCGCAAGUCCGCCUGAAGGUCGGGCUUGUCAGCGACGAUGCAGGUCACAACUUCACCUUCACGUCGCCUCAACCAACCGCGCUUGCCGAACGUGAAAAGUUCAAGAGCGAACUGACAACAUCAUCAGUCACACCCGGAACCCCAGCCACACCAACGCCAGCGAAUGCUGCAAAAGCGAAAUUGCCACAGAAUGCCACAAUGUCCCAUUCGCGUGCGGGUUCGGUCGAUUCCAGAGGCUCAGGUACUCCCGUGGGUAGUGACCCUACCCAUGAUUAUCGGCUACGAAAGAAAGUUCUAUUGGGCAAUCCUGAGCUUGCGGCGUUACACCGAGAGCUCGUCAUGGGCGGUCACAUCUCAGAGAACGAAUUCUGGGAAGGACGAGAACACCUGAUACUGGCCCUCGCCGCGGCGGAGAGCCAGAAGCGGGGUAAGCCAGGGCAGCUUGUCGACCCGCGCCCGCAGACAGUAGACGGAGAGGAGUACCCUGUUGUCGCCAAGGCCUACAGUGACACCGUCCCGAACAAGCUUACAGAAGCGGAGUUCUGGAAACGGUACUUCCAGUCCAAGCUGUUCAACGUGCAUCGCGCGUCAAUUCGUUCGUCCGCCGCACAGCACGUAGUCAAAGACGACGCAAUUUUUGACAAAUAUCUGGAGAAGGGUGACGACGAACUUGAGCCCCGUCGCUUGCGGGAAGAGGGUGUAGAUAUCUUCAUUGAUUUGGGUGCUACUUCAGUGGACCAUGACGAGACUGGUAAUGUCAAGGACGUGACAAUGCAACCGGGCAAACAAAGGGCGGUCUUGCCGUUAAUUCGGAAGUUCAAUGAACAUUCUGGUCGCUUGCUGCAUACCGCGUUGGGAGAACCUGCCGCCAAACGACGCAGGGUGGACGAAGGCGCGGACCACCAUUCACAAUUGGAUCUAGAAGACCUGCAUGACAACCAGAGUUCCGCUGGCAUUAUCUUAGAUAUGCAAGAUCGACAACGAUAUUUCGAAAGUCGAGCAUUGGAUUCGGCAUCACUAGAUGCUUCUCUGGGUCGACAGCGUGUCGAUCCAACGGCUGCCCUGCAGGGGGUCCAAGACAGUCUCGAGGGUUGGUCGGAGAAUCUGAGACAUCUGAAACUAGAGAACAAGGCGGGGGACGCGGCGCUUAUAGCAAUGACCAAGAAUGUAUCCGCUCGCUUGGAGGUGAAGAUGCGUAAACAUGACAUUCCAGACGGCCUUUUCCGCCAGCUGACGACGUGUCAAACCGCCGCGAACGAGUUCCUGCGCCAGUUCUGGCUAUCGAUAUAUCCGCCAGUCGCGGAAGGACAAAUUGUGUCUGCCGCAACACCAGCGCAGAAGGCGGCUAAAGCGGCCAAAAUGAUCGGGUAUCUGAGCAGGACGCACGAGAAGGUGGAGGCCCUCGUCGGUGUGGCCAGGCAGGAAGGCGUCGACCCUGGUAGAGUCCAAGUGGCCAUGAAACCCAUGCUUGACGCUGUCGACAAAGCUCUCGCCUUCUGGCAAGCACGGAGCGCCAAGGAUAGGGCACCUCGGUGA